UGAAGUCACUUGGUCACUAAAUAAAAGCUCUCUCUAGCUAAUUAUUAUUUUCUUGUCAGAAACUAAAAAAUUACUGCUGUAAUUUAUUUAUCUAGCUAUAUCAUCAAGAUAAUUGAAGCAUGAUGAAUAAAGGUUUAUGUAUAAUCUUUGUGGGAUUAUUAAGCUUGUUGAGCAUUGAAGCUUAUGAGGUUGGACUCACUUUUCUAACCAGUGCUAUUGCUAAAGGAGCUGUGUGUUUGGAUGGAAGUGCACCUGCUUAUCAUAUAGACAAGGGAUUCGGUGCAGGAGUCGACAACUGGUUGGUUUUCUUCGAGGGAGGAGGUUGGUGCAACAACGCCACAAACUGCCUUACCCGUAAAGAUACACGUUUGGGUUCCUCCAAGAAAAUGUUGACAACUGAGACCUUCUCAGGGAUGUUUCACAACAAGCCGAAAUAUAACCCUGAUUUUUAUAACUGGAAUAGGCUAAAGGUUCGGUAUUGUGAUGGAGCUUCUUUUACUGGCGAUGUGGAAGCAGUUGAUCCUAAAACAAAUCUUCAUUACAGAGGAGCAAGGAUUUUCCGUGCUGUUAUUGACGAUUUGUUAGCGAAGGGGAUGAAGAAUGCUAAGAAUGCCAUACUUGCUGGUUGUUCAGCUGGUGGACUGACUUCCAUAUUGCAGUGCGAUAAUUUUAGAUCACUUUUACCCGCGACCACUAAAGUGAAAUGUCUUUCCGAUGCUGGGUUUUUCAUUAAUGGGAAGACGAUUUUAGGAACUAGUCACAUUGAAGGCUUCUAUGCCGAUGUUGUUAAGACACAUGGAUCGGCUAAAGUUUUGUCUCCUGCUUGCUUAGCGAAAAUGAGUCCUGGUUUGUGCUUUUUCCCACAAAACAUGGUGCAAUUCAUCAAGACACCAAUUUUCUUGAUAAAUGCUGCCUACGAUUCAUGGCAGGUAAAGAAUAUAUUGGCUCCAGGAGUUGCUGAUCGCAAAGGCACAUGGCGUGAAUGUAAACUUGAUAUAACAAAGUGUUCAGCUGCUCAACUCAAUGUUUUACAAGGGUAUAGACAGGAGUUCUUAAAGGCACUGACUGGAUUUGGUAACUCUCCUUCCAGGGGAAUGUUCAUCAACUCUUGCUAUGCCCACUGCCAAACGGGAAUUCAAGAAACAUGGUUGAGAAAUGAUUCGCCAUUGUUAGGCAACACGACAAUUGCAAAAGCAGUCGGUGACUGGUACUAUGAAAGGGCAGCAUUUCAAAAGAUAGACUGUCCAUACCCAUGUGACAAAACUUGCCACAAUCGUGUUUUUGAUUAGAGAUUUGCAUCAUCAAGAUUUUCAGUUUUCAAAGAACAUUCACCAUGAAAGUUAAUCUAUGUAAACGAGAUAUCUAAGUACGUUUCACCAUACAUUCUUUGAUGCGGGUUUCAAGCUGGUAUUAGAGAUACACGAGUCGCGUACGCCAAAAGGUCGGGUUCCCAAAUGAUGGAAGGAAUCUGGUUUUAACUAUAAGUAUACGAAAUUAGUAAAUUAAAAUAUAUUCUUGUGAUAUAAGAGAAGUCACCAAUAUCUUUCUGUUGGUGCAUUCCUUUGUUUAUUUGGAUAAUUGUAAUCAAUAAAUGUGGGUCUUUUAUUA